UUGCAGUGACUACAAAACACAUGUCCAAAGCAGGGCGCACAGACAUGCUGACUCUCAUGGCCAUGCGCUGGAAUCAGCAAAAGAUCUACACUUUGGCCAUCACACUGACCCGCCGAUAUCAGAAGACCACAAAAGCUCUGCAAAACCAGUUGCUAAACCUAGAGUCUUUAAAAGUUGAACUGGCAGUGACAGAGAGCCAGUUGGAAGACUGGCUCAACGAAGUAAAGGAGUGGGCAGAUACAGCAGCAACAACAACCACAAAUGAUGCUGAUGCCUUGGCCAGCAGAAUUGAGGUACUUGUGGCGAGUAUCAAGAGACGUUCUCAGCGUCUCUAUAAAGAUACAGAUGGCAACAAAGGUCGUGCCAGGAUCCGCCGCAAAAUCAGGGAGGAGAAGGGGACCCUGACAUCAAUUGUUGAGAAAUACAACAGAAUGGUUCCAAACACAGAAACUCUGUGCUUGGAAACCAUUUUGUCUGGUGAGACAGCUUGGCCAUGGCAGCUACCACACAGUGACUCUGUUAAUUUUAGGACAAAGAGAAAGGCAUUCGACAUCAUGAUGUCAUUAAGGAGACUUCAGGAGGAGCAGAAGAUUCUUGUUGCAGAGAUGAACAACCAUUGGAGAUAUCUUUCAACUCGUGCUGAUGCCCUCAGAGAACUGUCCUGCUGCUUUGCCAAGGAGACAAUAAAAAAUUCGCAAUGUGGCCUAACUGAAGAGGGUUUGAAAGGUCUGCAGUGCAUCAUCCACAGAAAGCAGCGUAAAAUCAGAGAUAUGAGGGUGCAAGCAAGAGACUGUUACCUGCAAGUUUUGACUGGAGCAGAGAACACCAACUUCUUUAACCAACUGUCAGCUGAUGACUACAACAGUGACUUCGACAUUUCUGAUGACGAACUGUAAUCCAGAAGACAAUGGGUUUUUUUUUUUUUUUUUUUGAUGGUGACCUUGACCUUAACCCUGAAUCUAAAGCAUGUAAUAAAAUCUGCUGUUGAUCACCUUAUAAAUAUACCCAAAGUGUACUGUCUGUUUUUUUCCACGUUACAUAGAAAUUAUUUUAUGCAUGCCUCUACAACCAGUCAGUGGUGAAAAUGAAGUGCAUUAUUGUAAGGCUAAGUACAGUACUGUACUAAAUUAUAGAUUUGAGGUACUUUCUCAUCAUGCCACUGUGUAGUUGGGCUAGGCUAUAGUUCACAGAAACUUUAUUUUGUUAUAAAUAAAACUACUCUUUUUGUGCUUACAAUGUAAGUACAGCCCAACUUAGAAACCAAACAUUCAGUUGAGUAAUGGAGAAAAUAAUUAGCAGACCAACCUUUAUUAAAAAUAUAAUUUGAUAAUGUUGUCUACAACGGGUUUUUAAUCUUUUAGGUGUUGCGGAGCUCCAAAUAUGAUCAUCAUUGUUUG